AUGACACUCAGGAGAGUGAAUGUGCUCAUCCUCGUACUUGUGGCUGUGGCCUUCCUUAUUAUCGUUCAGCGAAACCUCCUCAACCUCAGCGACUUCUUACACAGAGAAAGCCCAGAUGCUGGGAUGGUCCUUCCCUUUGAGGCUGAGCUGUCUCCAGAUCUUGGACUUGAUCUGGACAGGAAAGGAGAGGAGAUCCCCGUCCUCAUCACCGCUGCAGAGGACAGACUUGGAGCUGUGAUUGCUGCCAUGAACAGUGUGUACCAGAACAGUAAAUCCAAUGUGGUUUUCACUAUUGUGACCCUCAAUGACACAGUCGAUCAUCUAAGGACGUGGCUGAGUCAGACAAAGCUGAAAAAUGUCAAACACAAAGUAAUAAUUUUUAACCAAGAGCUUCUCAGUGGGAAGAUGCCAAAAGAUCUUAAGACAACGGAGACCUCAAAACCAUUGACGUUUGCCAGGUUUUAUUUGCCUUUAUUCAUACCUGAGGCAGAUAAAGCCAUCUACCUGGAUGAUGAUGUCAUUGUGCAAGGAGACAUUCAGGAGCUUUAUGAAGCCAACCUGAAGCCAGGACAUGCAGCUGCCUUCGCUGAAGACUGCGACUCCGCUUCUUCUAAAGGCAUCAUUCGAGGAGCUGGGAACCAGAACAACUAUAUCGGAUUCCUCGACUUUAAGAAGGAAUCGGUGAAGAAGCUGGGGAUGAGGGCCAACACAUGCUCCUUCAACCCGGGGGUCAUUAUUGCGAACCUGACUGAGUGGAGGAACCAGAACAUCACCCAACAGCUGGAGCACUGGAUGGAGCUCAACGCUCAAGAAGAUCUGUACAGUAAAACCCUUGCAGAAAGUGUCACCACUCCGCCGCUUCUUAUCGUCUUUUACAAACGCCACUCCUCCAUUGACCCGCUGUGGCAUGUGAGACACCUCGGCACUACAGGAGCUGGAAACCGCUAUUCCCCCCCGUUUGUGAAAGCUGCCAAACUCCUCCACUGGAACGGACAUUACAAGCCCUGGGGGAGAGCGUCGUCUUUUUCCGACGUGUGGGACAAGUGGUUUAUUCCUGACCCUACGGGGAAGUUUCAUCCCACGCGAAGACAUUCAGACUAAACUGUUUCAGGAACAUUUGGACCAGCUCAGCCUCAGGAACUAAAAAGUCUUUGCCAGUGAUUUGAUCCGUCAUCCUCUGGAUUUGUGAAGUUUUUAAAUAUUUUU